AUGUAUGCCAUAUCUGAUUUGGCUUAUACUGGUACAAUGUGGUACGCUAGCGCCGCGAUGACGUUAUACACCUACUUUAUGGUCCUCUUUUUAGAUUGAGGUUUAUUCCUGGAGCUGAGUGUAGAUCUGUAGACGAUUUUCUGGCAAAUUACGUAAUACACGUUUAGAAUUAAUAGGAAAAAAAACACUCACAGCAAGAAAUUUGUUAGGAGCAAAAAGCACUAGCAUGCUCUUCUUCUUCAUAUACAUAAAGGAUAAUCUCGAUUGACGGCACAGGUUUACCCUGUGGACGGCGAGUCAGAUCAUAUGCUAUCCUGAAGUAACCUUUCUCACGACACUCUACCCUUCUUCGCCGGAGUAAGUAACUUUGACCUUUCUCAUUCUCAAUCUAAUUUUUGGCGGUUUCAUUUUUAAUUUUAUCAACAAGAUAGAUUCUUUCAUCUUUAAUUUUAGCCUUUGUUUAACACUCUAAGCUUUGGCGGUUUCAUUUUUUUCCCGAGGGAUGGAAGAAUUGGAUGUGGACGUAUACUCCUUGGUUAGUCGAAACCUGGAACUGGGUCAACGCUUUUGCAAACGGAGGCUUCGCGGUACUAAUGAUUUUUGAAAUUGUUCUACGACUAGUGAACGAACAGUAGUCAAUGGCCUCGAACGCUCGCCCCCUCAUAGGUGAGCCAACUCGUCCUAUCCUAUCCUAGAAACUUCUUGCUGUUGAAGAUUUUUAUCAGAUAACUAUACUAAGGUAGUUAUAGGUUACAGCAUACUAGGUUAUGGAAAAUCUUUCACAUUGUAUCCCCCCCAGGACAAACAUACGAACAAGGCUAACUCAAAUUGAUAGCGAUACACCUAAAUCCUAAACCCUAAACAAAACUUAGAGUACGCCGCGUGGUGGACCGGCAACAACGCUUGGGCCUCUACUGAUACUGCUGCUUUCGAAACCACGAUGCGUUCCGUGGACCCAUGCCUAAGACGGGAGCUUGUGUCUUUUUUUGUCUGGUUUCGAAUAACUAAUCAUCUCCCUCUUCAAAAAGAGUGAAUGAUGAAGAAGGGAUCUCUCAGUGAUGAUGAAUGAAUGAGAGCGCGCCCCUUGCUGGACGAGUGAUUGCUGGGCGGGUCAUGAAGCCAGAUAUGUAACAACAAAUAGUAACGAAGAAGUAGAUGAACAAUUGGAUGAGGAAAACUCCUAUACCCCACGACCAGACCACUGGGUACAACACUACUAACUCCGCUGUAGUCCUGUAGGAACAUGUGAAAGAUCAAGAAGUUCUGUUGUUCCUACAAGUCGUCUUCCUCUUCUAAUCUUAUUUGAAAUGCAUGAAAUACAUCGUGUACAUCGUGAUCUAUUCGAACAUUGGCAUUUACUGGGGCGAACGUGUGAUUCCAACUGUGCAAGCGACAAUGGUGGAAGUGGAGGCACUACUUUUUUCUUGCUUGUUGUCAUGUUGACUAUGUUGAGCAGUCACCAACACCUAACACCAGGAGUAGUAAAUUAUAAUUAACUCACCUCGUGGCCCACGUCCAGUACGUGGAGAAUAUUAACUAUCUUUCUCUCUCAAGCUCAAGGAGUAUAGGACUUUGUUGAAGAGUUGAUCUUGAUGUAGGUCUACAGGUCUAGGUGUACUACAAAUGCUUAUAAUUCUUCUCUCCUACAUCUCGGUGAACAAGACUUACGUCUCUCCCUCCUAGCACUGUUCUCUCCGCUUCAAAGCUUAUAUCUUGCCACAAGAGACAAAAGCAUGCACUCACAGUUUGAGAGUAGUGAUAGGAUCAAUUUCAAUUGAUACAUCUACUUCUCAGUUGAAUCCGCUGGCUGUGACGGCCGUAAACGUUGGCUUGGCUACCUUUUUCUUCUCGGUGAUUGUUCCGAUGGGUGCGCAGAUCAUGGCAGCUCCCAUGUUAAGGUCAGCUACAGUGUCCAUCUCUCUUAUCCGUCUUGUUCUUUCUCAGCAUCUUGUAUUCUUCUCCUGUGAAAUACAUGAAAUGCCCUUACAAAAAAAACCGCCAAUGAAUGAAUAAUGGGGUAGUUCCUGAACCCCAAGCGCUAUCCUACACUAUCCUAUCCUAUCGAGAUGAGGGGACCGGCGGGAUGAAUAAACAAUAGAGGCCAGCAAGCGGACUGCUCUAAGGAUGGUGGCAAUUGCCAGGCAGUGGGCAGAUAGAGUGGGGAUCACGGAUGAGGAAGAACUGAUGCGUCUAGAAAUGACGGGACGCAUUUUGAUGUAUGGCGGGAGCUCUUCAAGAACAAUACAUAAAAAAGUCCUUGUCGUUGUACUCCUUGUACUCCGCUGAGCAGAAUUUCACUUGCGACGCAUAAAUAUGAUGAUGAUUCCAUGAUCGAUGCAUUCGAUGUUGAAUCGUCCUUAGUCUUUAGCAGGUAGUACCGGAAGACUAAUUCAUUCUCUUCCCCUUCUUCUAAAUGUUCGCUGCAGCAGCGUAUAUGAAAGAAAAAAGUGCCCUCACACUCAAAAAAGUGGCUACUUAUUUUCCUACUUAAAUCCUAGCCAAUUUCUUGAGUGUGAGUGCACUUUUUCGCUUCAUAGCGUACCUACCUAGAAUAGUAUACAAACCAGCUACAUUCUAGACUUUAUUUAGAUGUUGAGUCCACCUUAUCUUCUAACCGCACAACGUUUGUUUCGAUGCUUUCCGCUACGCCUACGGUCGUGGUGUCUUGCUGAAGAUUAAGGGUUUCCAGAUUGCAUCCUCCUGCACGAACUUCUUCCCUGAGGACUCUUUCACUUUAAAUUCCCGAAAUUAAGUACUCGAAAACUAGAAAUUAUAAGCGAGUUCCUGACAACUGAAAUAAGACUCGUCCUGAAGGAUGCAAUGCCGGAGCCUCCAUGUAGAUCGGUCCUCUGGGUUUCACAAUCAUGCUGGUCAAGGAUUUCUGGUACGAUUUCUGGCACUUCGUCUGCCAAUACGAGCAGAGUCUUAUCGUUAUGCUAUUGCUAUACCUGUAGUUGAAUACUGGGAAAAAAUGGACGGUGAAGACUUAGUCAACACCCUAAAAAUGAUAACAGCAUGAGCAUGGAGCAUGUUCUCAAGAAUUUGCCUUUUCUUGAGUGCUGGAUAAAUAAAUAAAUUUUCGCAUUGAGUAUCAGUAUGAGCAUGCUUGCAAUUGUAUUUGUAACACGCAAUAAAAGAAGGUGGUGGACUCUUUACCCGACCAGCAUGAGACUAUGUAUACUAAUUAUACAACUCUCCUCCUGUAUAGAUGACUUAUUACUAGUGUCCUUUAGUCUAAACUUGAGAAGUACUCAAGUUUUAUUUAGGAAAGAAGUACUCAAGUUUUAAGGAAAGAAGUACCCUGAGGCCUCGGCAUUGUAAUUAGUUGAAGUUACGUUAUACCCUCUCGUCGUCCCGCCCCGCGCGUCAGAAGAUACCUCUAGAACCGGUAAAGGACUGGCGAAUGUUGAUUGGACGAGAAGGACUUGGUUAUUUUUAACACUUGCUACACAAAACCAAAAGCAGCGUUAUCUACUUCGCAGUUCACUAGUACUGACUAUUCACCGAGUUUCUGCCUUAUUGUUGCCUCUCCUCGAGUCGUGGUACAUACUGUUUUGUACGCUCUUCUUCAUAAAUGUAGUUUCUUCUUCAUCUUCUAACAAUGUUUUCAACUUGAAGCUCGACGCGUCAAAGCAUAUACCCUUGGGGGAGAUCGAUCUGCCGCCAAGGACAAAAAGUAUUUUUGAAAAAUUCUUCUAUUGAUGUGAUAGUAUAUAGACUUUGCAGCCGUCAAGCGCAACAAAUAAGAUUAAGAGUGCUUUAUUUGAAACAUUUUACUAUUGUUUGAUAUGUAUGAUAGUAUCCAUAUAGUUUGAUUCUCGCAGCUUAUGUUAUCUCUACUUCUUUACCCUUGAUACGGCCCUAGGUAGGUGCCGCGACGUCAUCACUCACGACCCCAAAAACCUCACCCCUCUCACCUCUUCAACAACCUCUUCAACAGUGUAUGCUGCCUUCAAGCGUCGACACAUGCAGCUGAACAAAUUGGAUGUUCUCACCGCAAUCUGUUGGAAAGUGCCUUUUGAUGCCGCAAAACGCAGGCAGACGUAUGGCCACUUAGCUAACAAGCUAGCAAAAAGUGAAUGCCUCCAAGAUUUAAAAGUGGUCUUCGUCUGCAACUAGUACAAUUAUCGGAGGUGAUGUUCCUGUAGUACUAGCGCCACUACUGUAGUCCCUAACAAGUCAUCUACUACUACUAGUACUGGUUUUGUCUUGUACUAGGAGGUAGGUGUCGCUGUUCUAAAGGUACUGAGAAUGCGGAGUAUUAAGUAAGCAGGAGCAGCGGUCCCCCCGAGAUUUUAUUGAGAUAACCUUCCCUUUCCCGCCUUUGGUCCUGACAGUAAAUGAUGGAGCUGCAAGUGCCGGUGAGCUCUUUGCUAAUAGGUGUGCAAUUUAGUCAGAUUCAAGCGCUGAGUUCUCACCUACUUCAAAGCUUAUUUAUACCAAGAUAACCUUCUUGAGGAUGAGAGGAUGAGUCGCACUUUUUAGCUCUGUCUUUCUAACCUAUUACGGCGCACGGAGUGGAUCCGGAAGGAUACCUCGUGAAUAUGAUCCGACAGAGGAGCACAGUUGUUCAGGCUGUAGAAAAACGCGCGACAGCGUUUUAAGGCUCCUUUAACUUUUAGCUCUUGUUAUUUGAUUAUCCAUCAAGUUCUAUGUAUAGGCCGCGGGUGGAAGAGCCCUCAAUUACAAAACUAUGCGCCUAUGUGAGCAACCCGGUCAGAAUCUUAUUUGAAACUUAUGACUUUUCUUGUGCCGUUUAUUUCACUUCUACAGAUUGAACUUUCCAUACACAACGUACUUAAUCUAAGCCGGAAUGCCUGGGGGUCGCUCAAGAAAUCAGGACUGUGGAUAGGCUAUUUUUAUUUGACAGGUAGAAGGGGACUUCUGGCGCUAUGGUUAUUUGAUUAUCCAUCAAGUUCUAUGUAUAGUCCGCGGGUGAGGGAUCUUCCACCCGUGAUUUGUAUAUUUAUUUUUUACACUCAACUGGUGAAAUACAAGGGAGAUGAUCACGAUAUUACUUCUCAGCCUGCUCAGGGGCUUAAUAAUAGAUUAUAUAUUCUUGACGCACGAGGGAUCUCCACCAUAGUUGGGAAGAUGAACUACGAUUGUAAUUGUGGAGCCGGAGACUACAUUUUUUACACUCUAAGAGAUGGCAGAAGGCAGUGGCAUCGUGAAGCGCAUGACGACUUGGUCCAGGACGCCGGACAACGAAUACAUAAAUGCCCGUAAGUCCAUUCGUGCAUCUCGUACAAGUUAAGGCAACGGAAUAGCCAUAGCAUGAGAAUGAGGCUAGAAGUGAAAACAAGGCAGGGGUCUCGUGCCUCUAGUUCAAACGACAUGGCGUGGGUCUCUGUCGUGUACUAGUUAAAGCAUGCCAUGAGAAUGAGUCUCGUACUAGUUAAAUAAGCAUGAGUCUCGUACUGGUUAUAGCAUGCCAUGAGUCUCGCACUAGUUAAAACAUGUUGGCGGGAGUCUGGUACCAGUUAAAACAUGACGGCGUGAGAUGAUGAAUCUCGAGAAGCAGUCCUCCUAGAAGAAGUUGUCCGCGUCCUGCAAUGAACUACCGACCCGGCUCUUCUAACUACGCAUGCGCCAGCAAGGAGUCACCGCAUCUCAAGACUUCAAGAAAUCAGCUUAUGAAGGGCACCAUUGACAGAAGAAAUUGCUGAACAAAGUUGCCUGUUCCUAGUGCCUCUGCUUCUCACCGGCAAAACUAUAUCUGCAGCACAGCUUCUACCUUGAAUACUAGUAAUCAGUCUGCUUUUUGACUUCGCCACUAGAGUAACAGUAAGUAGGUACGUACAAGUAGAAGAAGAAGAAUGGGCAUGAGCUAUGAGCUGCGUGAAGAUUGAGCAGGAACAUUUUCUAACUCAGAGCCCUAGGAAGCGGCGCCGGGCGAUCAUCUCAGAUUUUGCGAGGGUCGCGGGCCUCCGCGAGGUUUGCGGAUACCGUUCCCGAGAAUGAUGUGCCAAAUGAGGAAACGACGAAUGGGCAAGAGGAGAAGGAAUUGACGGAAAAAGAAGUCCUAGAGGUGCUUGCAGUCGAGAUUAGGGCUUUCUUUAAUGGUCACUGGCUUAUCUGAGAUUAAAUAGAUAGCAACUCAUUGACGUGGUAUCGUGUUGGCGCAUGCUUAUUCUUGUUCUUAUUGUGUCCGUGGCCACUUUGUUGUAGAAGACCGCCAACAACACCGGAUGUUGGAGGAGGCAUCCUUGCAGGGGGCGCUUAAGAGGAUGUCCCGGGCCCCCUUCCGCUCGGCUAACCUAACGCUGCCUGUAUUUGUCGGCUCUUAUCUCUUGCUUACCAGUUAUUAUGCUGUUGGCGGUCUUGGUCUUCUUCAACGUCAGCUCCUCUCUUAGUUAUUGAAGAUACAACAAACUGCACUCGUCUGGCUCUAAGAAACCGCGCGACUUAUUGACGGACUCUUAUCGAGUGGCAGAGGAGAGCAUGGCACAAGACGCUGAUGAGGAGGCUGUCCUUGGCACACCCAUAAUGAACAAGGCAAGCGACGGGUCUGUGAAAGGUGGUGAGCAAGGCGAUGACGUUAAGGCUAAGGCUGUUGUGCAACAUCUGGCUCUACUACUAACAAACUUUUAAGAAAAGAACGCGAGCACUAUGCUGUAUCGUAUUCGUUUUUGGUAGCCGGAUUCUGAUUCUUAGGCGGAGCAUAUGAUAUAUCUUUUUAUAUCUCUCCUAGUUAGGACGGCUCUACCACUAUUAGUAGGGGAAGCAAGAAGAGAUCGAAAUCAGGUUACCACUUGCCAGAGCAAUACACUACACUCCGUGUCCGUGUAGUGUCCAGUUGUGGAAAAUGCUCGAAAAUGGUGUGAUGGAUCCUUUCUAAUCCAAAGGACGAGGAAGAGCAGGCGGCUAUGCGCAAAUUGGCUACGCUGGCACCUGAUGGGACUUACGCUCGCGCGUUUAACUUCGCGAACACUUCGGUCAAAUGCACAAAUUGCCCGAGGUACUUGCUUUCCUUGAUUCGUCCUCUAUUCUAGAUUUGAAGCCAAAUGAUCUUUCAACUAGAGCAAUUCUCAUUCUUUAUUUGUAUUCUCCAAGAACAUAAACAUUCAUCCUGCUCCAGCAACUACACUCACAGCACUCGUUCUACCACUUCUCAGACUUCGCCCAUUCUCUCGCGUGAGUCGUGAUGACGACGACCCCUCAGCAAACGCCCGCCCAACCCUGAACCUGCGUCUCACCCGACUGGCUUCGAGAUUUCAGGACAAACAUAAAGUCGAUGAGGAGUUAGGGCAGUUUCUAAGUGGGCGAAAGCCUCUUUUCUUGAGUCUGAGUACACGACUUUUUCCUGUCAACAUAAUCGUGGUGUUUAAGAUAUUGAAGUAGAUGAGGACUUUUUAAGAAGGCACUUGUCGAACUCGGCUCAAGAAGUAAGUUCGUUGUUAGAGUGGCACGAUAUGUUAUAUCGUGCCGAUACCUUAUGAUUAUGUAAGACAAAUGGCAGUAGGUUUCUAUCAUCAUCUUCUUGUUCUUCUAACCUGCGACAUUCGCAGAGUGCGGCACGUGAUCGCGUUCGUUCAGCGUGAAAUGUUUAUGCGGUUCACGAUUCGAAGCAUUAUCAAACUCGUCACGUCCAGCGUCAUUCUCUUCGGUCCGCUCUUUAAGGCUCAAGAUAAUACCCUAUAAAUAUGAUCCAGCAUCUUCUUCUGCAUACUAAUUUUGGAGCUGUGGUUCUGUAAGACGCGUCCUUGGAGUUGGAGCUGUCGUCUUGUAAGGGAACUAAAGCAGCUGCAGACGCAGCUCAAGCAGAUGAAGAAAAUGAAUCUGGGUGAGGUGAGGUCUAAUCUCAUCGGCUUACUGACGGACAUUUCGAUGUCUCCUGGUUUUCCUCGACCGGAAAAAGAACUCACUGGCACACCCCGAAUCGAUGACCAGUACUUCGUGUACACGCUUUAUGAGAGAGGAUACUAAGCAGGACGAGGAGAAGCACAGUUAGUUUUUACUAGUGGAUGAGGUGGGUACACCUACACCCCUAAGGCAACCCCGUGUCAGUGCUCGUUUAGACUCUAACCUUCCAGUCUUUUUUUUUCACGGCUGUAACCCGGUGAGCCCUACCCUAACCCCCUGCUCUAAGAGCUAUCCUAUAGCCCUACCCUAACCCCCUCUGUUUUCUAACUUCUAGUCUUCUUCUUGACGGAUGUGGCCGUGUGGUCGUUGAUCACGUUUCAAGUGCAUUUUAAGGGCGUGCUGACUUGGCGGGAGAUGCUAGGAGCAUACAACGACCAGAUGUUUUCCUACGGACGUUUGCGACCAUCGGCGACCAUGGUGCUGUUAUGAAUCAGGUGAAGUUGAAGCUCUUGAGCUGGAAGUUGUUGUAGGCUGCAAUAUUGAAUAGAUGAAAGGCGUGGAUAUAGAAGUUCGAGGACAGGAGAACGGACAACUUCAACUUCUUGAAGAGUAGAUACUUAAGUUGUCCGUCGUUGUCCCUGAUAUUUCAGCAAGGUGGGCAAUCGCAUUCGCAGGUCACAAGGUGCGGGCAGUGUUGAAUAGAUGAAAGGCGUGGAAUUAGUUAGAAGUUGAAGGCUGCAAGAAGAGAGAUAAAUAAUAAGCUCGAGGGCAACUACUCCUACAGGAGAAAGACCUCCAGAAGUUGUAAGUACUAGCUGUGCAUCUACAUCAAUCUAUAAUUUCGACUAUAAUGCUAAUGGCGCCUCUUUUUUUCUAAUGCGUUGGCUCGGUUAUUGGGGACAGUUUAUGCUGGCGUUGCGAUGGCGCGCGUAUGGACCGAUUGGGCCUCUCCUUAAGGCCCACGAGAAGGUGAUGGACGGUUCUUCUUCUAAUUUUUUUCGGAUUUUGGAUGAAGGUGUGUGUAGUUAGAUUAGCGGACAAGAUCAAAGGCAAUUAUAGAAAGACGGCAUUGACUAUCAGCUACAAAGUAGAAGCUCAUCAGCUUCAGCAAGAGCAUUUUUUUAGAAGAGGAUAGGUGGGCGGUGGUAGGUAGAGAGCUACUAACCACGUCGACGCCGUCCUGCGACAUGAUAGUCAUAGAGACCAGCGGAAGCAGCUCUAAUUUUCAAGACGCAGUCGGUGUGGAGGUCGAGUACAAGCACUUUUUGCACUUCUGCCCAGGCAUUUACACGAAUUGGAUGUGA